AUGGCUGGAGAUUCACUUGAACAAGAUCAAGUCCGCGAUGAGGUUGAGCAGCAACUUGCUCAAACCUCUUUCCAGUGCUCUUCGCUGAACCGGUUAUCUGGCGGCACCGCGAAUUUCGUCUACCGCGGUACUCCUCUCAACGGAAAUCCAGAAUCCAUUAUCAUCAAACAUACCAAGAACUACUUGUCUUCCAACGCUAGCUUCAUGCUUGACGCGGAAAGAUGUCAUUUUGAGGGAGCCAUUCUCAAAGCACUCGAUGGUCUCGAGUCAUACGAGUCGUCAGAGAAGAUCACAGUGAAGACGCCUUGUCUCUUCCACUUUGACAAAGACACUAAUACUCAGAUCCUCGAAGACCUGCCAGGCUCGGUUGAUCUGAAGCAUUUCCUCAUUUCAGAUGUCUCGCGUGACAUGUCAAAGACUUCAGCGCAAUCUCUGGGGCAUGGUCUCGGGUCCUGGCUGCGAGCUUUCCAUACCUGGGCCUCUAAGCCCGAACAGGCAGAGACGAGGGAGAUUCUCAGCAAGAAUCAAGCAUUGAAAAACCUCAAGUUCUACAUCAACUACACCUGGCUGUUGGAUACCAUUGACAAUUUCCCCGCAAUUCUGGAGGAUAGUCGGGAAGUUCUCGAAAAGGUUCGGGAUUUCGCGGCUGAAGAGCUCGAGGGAACUGAACUUGACGAUGAAUACAAUGUGAUCCAUGGCGAUUUCUGGACAGGAAACGUCCUCAUGCCCAACGAGCCGCUGACUAGCGACUCAAAAACAACAUUGUUGGUCAUUGAUUGGGAAAUGGCUCAGAUCGGGAGUCGGGCGUUAGAUCUGGGCCAGAUCAUUGCCGAGACAUACGAAACCAAGCUUUUUAAAAAUGCCGAACAUGGUGUAUGGGUCAUCGAGGGUUUCAUGGACGGAUACGGACCUCUCAGCGACAAGCUGGCAUUCCGAACCGCUAUCCAGGUCGGCGCUCACCUGGUCUGUUUCGGAAGUCGAGUCGCUGGAUGGGGCAGCCCCGAGCAAGUUGAGGAGGUCGUGAAGGUUGGAAAAGACCUUAUCGUACAGGCAUGGAGGGAAAAUAAGCCUUGGUUUGAGGGACACAUCCUGAGGUGUUUGUUUCAGUGGUAG